AUGGCAUCCAACGAUGCGAUCGAUUUUGAUUUGAUCGAGGGCCAGAAGGAGAAUAUCCAAUCCUUGCCUGGCGGGCGUUCUGCCAAGAAGCUCGCACAGGUCUACUCUCCUACUCCCCUGGGCAAGCUUGCCACGCCUACACCAUCAGACACAAGGAGCGUAAACGACUGCAUUCGCGCAGAGUACGAAGCAGAAAUCCAAAACCUUGCCGAGUCUGACGAUCCCUUGGAUGUAUUCGACAGAUAUGUACGCUGGACGCUGGACGCAUAUCCUUCAGCCCAAGCCACACCACAAUCACAACUGCACACUCUUCUUGAGCGGGCAACUAAGGCAUUCAUCAGCUCUUCACAGUACAAGAACGACCCUCGAUAUUUGAAGAUGUGGAUGCACUACAUCCAAUUCUUCUCCGAUAGCCCAAGGGAGACAUAUCUGUUCCUUUCGCGACAUGCAAUCGGUGAACGUCUUGCUUUGUUUUACGAAGAGUACGCAGCCUGGCUUGAGGGAGCUGGACGAUGGUCACAAGCCGAAGAGGUCUACAAGUUGGGAAUCGAGCAAGAGGCACGCCCAGUCCAGCGGCUGCUCCGAAAGUUCAAAGAGUUCGAGGAACGGCGGGCACAGCAGCCAGAGGGCGCCGAUGAGCCCUCAUCACCUGCCUUUCCAACAGUUCGGCCUGCUCUGGCCAUGAAGGUUGACCCGUUUGGCGCAGCUGCGGCCUCCAGCCCGAGAGACCCCCAAGCACAACGGCAAUCCGGCUCAAGCCGCAGCACCAAGCCUCCCAAGGCAAAGCUUGCCAUUUUCUCCGAUGCGGAUGCAAAGCCGUCCGUGUUAUCGACGAAGGAGACGGGGUCCAAGGGAUGGGACACGAUCGGUUCAAUGGCGGAGAGGAAGAAGGAAAACACGAUAGAGCCCAAGCCAUGGGCGGGGGAGACUCUCAAAGCAGGCGGAAAGAAGCCUGCGGCGGAAAAAAUGUCUGUUUUCAGGGAUGCGUCACUUGCUCAAAUACAGAACAUUGUUGUUGUUCCAUCCAAGAAUCAAGUCACCGUACACCCUCAGACGGGGAAGAGAGAGAGGAUAUUUGCUAACCUUUCCGUGCUCUAUCCUACCCCUGAGGAGCCUGGGACCGAGCUUUGCUUCGAAGAGGUCAUGGCGGCUCAUCGGGGUUGGCUCGAUUAUGACUGGGACCGUGUAGCUGAUGACAGGAACACCAUCCAACAACAACAGCCCGAACAGGUGAUUGAAGAAGUCACCAAGGCUGUAAGUGAAAAACUAGUUAUCCACCAUGACGUUCUCAUGGACGAGAAUGGACAAAGGGUAGAGCCACCUCGCCAAUCGAAGGCUGGCAGGAAGAAGAAGAUGAUGGAAGUGAAUGAAACACAGAUCAUCAAAGCAAAGCUGGACUCGCCUUCGGGUCCCAAGUUACGCAAGAAACAUACCUCUGAGCCCACAAUGACACUGCAUACAAGAGCAGCUACCGAUGACAUAUAUGACAUCUUUAAUGCACCCCUUAAACAGCCAUCUAUGGGUGAAGAUGAUGAGAGCGACAAUUAUGAUUCUGAUGACUAUACGACUGAUGCAGAAAGCACAACGAGACAACUAGAUAAUGAUGAUGUUGAAGAGGAAGAGGAGGAAGACGAGAACGAGGCGGGUGACGAGGAGGAGGAUGACCUGCGCAGUGUGAGCGAAUGGUCAGAUUUCAACACACACAAACACAGCCCACUCACCGAGGGCCAAGAGGAAGGUCACGACGAAGUCAGCGCAGCCCAAGCCACGGAGUUGAUAGAUCCAACCUUCCAACGCGACGGCAGCAUUGAUCAAGAGGAAUACGACGAACAAGAGGACGAAGAAAACAUGUCUGCGGUAGAACUCUCGCCUCCCCGGACACGGACAAGCUUUGUCCCCAUCCUGCCUGAGGAUUAUGACCCGCCGCCGACUCGGCCAUAUAGGGAUGCGGCCGAGAUAGCUAACAACCGUCUCCCGUUCAUGACUCCAAUCACUGAAAGGACCGAGGUAUCCCUUGAUAUUGAAGUUCAGCAGCGACGGGACCAGUUCAAGACCCCCUGCAAGCAAGAUGGCAUGGCAAUAUUCCGUGACGAUCCUGAGCAGGAUGGAGAGCCGUCUGAUUUGGAGGCUAUGAGCAGUCCUCUGCGAGAAAUUCUCAGCAACGAACGACCUGUGGCUAAGACACCACUUCAACCUGCAUCGGUCUUGGCAUUAACUACAGCGUCGUCGAAAAAGCCUCUUCGAGCUAAAGGCCCUAUAAUUAAAGACGCCCAAUGCAACCCGGUGGACGAAGAGGUUCGCAAGCAGAUUCUCUCACAAACACAGCCACCGCUUGACUCAUUUCGCGGGUUUUAUCACCACCGUGAAGAGAAAUUCGAGCGUGGCAGUGAUAUCCGCAAGUUUGCAAGGACAUUUCGCCGGACUAGUAGAGGCUCUUCAGGCGACAAGGCAGGCUCGCCACCCGCACCAGUCACUAUCGAAUUCCCUGAUAACUCUGCGUCAUACGUCUUGAAGCGUGAACUUGGUGCAGGCGCCUACGCCCCUGUCUAUCUCGUCGAGAACCAGGAUCCUGACGAGGAGGCCGAGACAGAUGAGAAUGCUGUUGUUGCCAUGGGGAGGGGAUCCUUCGCAGUCAAUCGCCGCAACGAACUUGAGGCGCUGAAGAUGGAAACUCCACCAUCAGCGUGGGAAUUUUAUAUGAUGCGAGUUGCCCACAACCGCUUAGGGCCACGACACCGAGCCUCAGCCUCGCUAUCGUACGCUCACGAAAUGCAUCUGUACCAAGACGAAGGCUACCUCUUCCUGCCCUAUCACCCGCAUGGCACGAUCCUCGACGUUGUCAAUUUAUUCCGUGCAGAAGCUUCUGGUGUUAUGGAUGAGCAGCUUGCCAUGUUUUUCACCAUCGAGCUAAUGCGAACAGUAGAGUCUCUACAUGCAAAGGGUGUUCUGCAUGGAGAUAUCAAACCGGACAACUGUCUUCUUCGCCUAGACACCGCAAUCAAUGGAUCCCAGGAGCAGCGUACCGCCCAGUCACUCAAUAGCCAGUGGAAGGCCGACGGUACCGGUGGUUGGGAUUCCCGCGGCAUCACACUUAUUGACUUUGGCCGCGCCAUCGACAUGCGCGCUUUCAGGCCCGAUGUCCAGUUCAUUGCUGAGUGGAAAACGACGGCUCAAGAUUGUGCCGAGAUGCGCGAGGGGCGGCCCUGGACCUGGCAGGUUGACUAUCACGGCCUCGCCGGAACUAUUCAUUGCCUCCUCUUCGGCAAGUACAUCGAAACGAUCCGCUGUGACGAAGGUGGACUUACCCGCGGAGGCCGCCGAUACCGCAUCCGCGAGAGCCUGAAGAGAUACUGGCAGACAGACCUUUGGAGUGAGUGUUUCGAGGUGCUGCUGAACCCGAGCUCCUUUGUCGACGCUGAGGAAGGGGGCCAAAUGCCUGUAUUAAAAUCCAUGCGGGGUCUUAGGGAGAAGAUGGAGACUUGGCUUGAGGAUAAUUCCGAGAAAGGAGUUGGGCUGAAGUCGCUAAUGGGAAGAUUAGAGGCGUUUGCUAAGACACGCAAGUGA